AUGGCCGACGAGAUCAAUACAGAACUAAUUCACCACGACAAAAGAUCAUCAAAUGAUGAUUCAUCACCGAAUUAUUUGAAUGGAAACGACUCGAUCGAAGAUGAUGCCAAUGAAAGUUCUUUCGAUCCAUUAUUAGUUCAUGAGGAAAGUUCAAACAUUGAUUCAAGUCCGGAAAUCGACUAUCAGGAGAAACCAGUCGAACUCAAAGCUCAACGAGAACUUGACGAAGAUGAAAUCCCACCACCUGUCGUUCCAACUGAACAAACACCGAGUGAAGUUGAAACAACUCAUUCGAGAACAGAAUCUGAAUCAAGUAUAACUGAUGAUCGUCCAUUGACAGAACUGGAAACACCUUAUGAACAUCAUGAAGAAAACGAAACUUCACCUGUGGAAUUAUCGAAUGAUCAAAGUUCAUCAAACAAUCAUUCAUUCGUAGAAAUUGAACAAUCCCUUGAACUUGCUGAAACUGAACAAGAACAAGAAGUAAAUGAAAUACCAAAUGAAUCGAUAACGGAAGAAGAUAAUGUUCAAGAAGAAGUACAUUUCACCGAAGAAGAUUUUCCACCUCUAUCUUCACCUGCAAUCACAACUGAUCAAAUAAAAGAAGAACAAGAACAACCAUUAGCAUCAACUAUUUUCAAAGAAGAGGAAUUUCCACCUUUACCUACACCAGAAGCGACAACAAUUGUACAAACAAAAGAAGAAAUCAUCUCCUUACCCGAACCGGAAGACAUUCUUGGAAAUAAAACUUUGAUUAAACAAAUUAUUGAACAAGGAACCCCAUCCACACGUCCAACACGAAGUACAUUGGCAACUGUUACUUAUACAUUAUCAUUAAUCGAUAAUUUCACGUCAAAUGUUCGUGUUAUCGAAACAGUUUCUCAUGAAAGUUUCUUUGUUAGUGAAUGUGAUACAAUUCCAGCGAUUGAUCUCGCAGUUCAAUUUAUGAAUCGUGGUGAACGUGCGAUUAUUGAUGCGGAUAUUCGACAUGGUUACGGUGAACUCGGUUAUGAAGAAAAACAGAUUCCAUCAAUAAAUUCAACAACAAAUCAAUCAUAUCGAAUGAAAAUCGAUUUAGAACUUAUUGAUUGGAAAAGUCCACCGAAUAUUCAAUCGUUAACUGUUGAUGAAAGACUCUUUUGGGGUGACAAGAAACGACAAAUGGGUAACUUUUACUAUCGUCGUCGUGAUUAUUCCAAUGCACUUCAAUGUUAUCGUGGUGCACUUCGUUUCUUAGAUGUCGAAACCAAUUUGUUAGGAGUUCCUUGUGAUGAUAAUCAACGAUCACUUUUAACUGAUAGUUACAUUCAAGUUCAAAACAAUGUUGCACAAGUGAAUCUAUUUUUGAAUAAAUAUGAAGCUUGUUUAAAUGCAGUGGAAAAUGUUUUGAAAUACGAUUCAAAAAAUGUCAAAGCUUUGUUCAGACAAGGCAAAGCGUUAUUUGAAUUAGGAAAAUAUGAUCAAGCACUGCAGCCAUUGAAAUCAUUUGCACAAAUUCAACGAGGCAAUUCGAAUGCUGCCGGUGAUUAUGAUAAAGUGACUGAAAUGAUUACAACUUGUGAAAACAAAUUGGCUAAUUAUCAGAAAAAAGAAAAAGAAAUUUAUCGUCGUAUGUUUCAACCAGCACCACCAACAACAAAUCAACAACGUCAAACAAAAGUCCAGAAAAAGAUUGAUAAUGCAAGUAGUAAUACAUGGUUGUAUAUUGGAUUGGGAGGUGCAGCACUUGCUGCCAUCGGUAUUUUUACUUUUAUGAAAUAUCGUAAAACUUCAAUCGAGUCGUUGACAAUUGAUAUUAAUGCAUCACCACUACAAGUAUCUUGUUGGCCUUAUCUACCCCGAUUAUCCACAUUACGAUUGUUAGGUGUACGAGAAUAUAAUGAUGUGAUUACUUUCUUGUUAUUACACGCAGCAACAUUAACUCAUUUGACGAUUGAUACAAGAUUUGAAAUUGAAUCAAGUGGUGUGACACAGAAAUACAUUCAUCCCAAGUGUGAUAUAAUCUCGAUCGUGAAAAAUAUUAUAUUUCGUCACUUACAUUCUCUUCGAUCGCUUGAUUUUGGACCAAAUGAUUUCAAUGGGGUAUAUGAUUGGCGCAUAACACAUAUAUCUGCCCGACUUACUUUUCUGCGUGUCUCCUUGUGGUGGCCGUCCGAUGUAGUUCGUCUGAUAUCAACACCGCCUUUACCGGAAACAUUAAAAUAUUUGUACAUCUCUUUAAGUGAUAUUACAUGUGGGAUGCUGUCUCGUCUACCAAAUAAACAACAGUUAGCUCCUAUGAAACAAUUGCGUAGUUUUACAUUCAUGAAGUCUUUCAUAUGGAGAUUUGACAACGAAUUAGCUUUCAUCGAAUUAUUGACGUGUGAAGAUAUAAUGCCGAUGCUGCAACGAGUAAAGUUAUCGAUAAUUCUGAAUAACCACGAGUUCGAUCGUUUCAAACAAUGUUCUAUUUUCAAUGACCAUCGAUGUAUUGAUGUUCAUUUCGCAUUAUGUAUUGAAGAUUACGACAGAUGCUUUAAUUCGACAGAUUUAAUUCCACAUGGAAGUUUUUCUUAUCCAAAAGAAGUAAGAGGUUCAGCACUGAUGGUGAAUUAUUGGUACAACAUUGGAUAUUCUACAACUGUGUCACUUAGUAGAAAGUCUCGAUACCAAUUUGAUCGACGUUGGGUGUGGUAUACACAUCCGUGGUCUUUUCAAACAUUCUAUAUGAUACCACUUUUAAAUCAAUGCAAUCAUGAAAGAGAACUAUACGCAACGCCUUCAUCAUUCAAUAGCAUCUCACCACCCAAUAUUUCACCAUUACUUCGCUAUGUUCCUGUUUCUUCACGAGUUCUUCAAGAUAACAAAGGAUCCCAUGGUGAUAUUAACACAAACAUUCAUGUAACAAUUCCAGCUGAUCGUAUAGUUGUGACAGAUUGUCUCGACAAUUUACCCAACUUUUUAUAUACACCAAAUCUUCGUUCUAUUCAAAUUAUUUUCCACCACUCAGAACCUGUUACCACGAUGAAUUGGAAUUCAUUGCGCACAUUUUCAAUUCUUCCAUUGCUGAAAUCACUGCGAAUAACUAUUUACGACUGUAAAACUAUACUUGAAGACCAGCAUUGUCAAUCAAUUGUUGAAAAAAUACCAAUGCUCGUCGAUUUUGUCUUUUGCUUUCGAGGACGUACUAUACGUGUCCCCAAUCACGAAUAUUCUUAUAUUCAUCAGAAGUCGAUUAGAAAUUUAUAUCAUCAUGUAUCCAUGCUCACUUCCAAUCGUCAACAUAAGAUAGUUAUCGAACCAGAUGAAUGUGGAUUGAUGGUCUGGUUAUGA